AUGCUACAGAGCAAAAAGCGAAAUUCUUGCCGCGUCAGCCCUCAAGACCUGCUCCUUCACUUGCCUUUGACCUGUGACAGUUUCCAAGUCAUGGCCCUUCGCAGCGUGUCUUUGUUGCUUUUGGUGGUGGUUGGCCUCGCUCAUGAGACAGCACCAUCAAAGCCUGAUGCGACUGCUGCAGUUGGGCCAGCAAACGAGACUAGUUCCACAUGGAGCAACUUCGUAUAUUGCAAGUGCGGACUCACAUGCGUGAAGCAGAUGGGAUCUUGGUACAUCUUCGACCUUGGCCAGUCCUGUGCUUGCCAAGCUUGUCCUGAAGAACCUGCAGAUGCCACAGGACACUUGCGAGGAAGCCAGGAGACUGCGCCAAAGGAGAUUCCAAGCCAGGAGAACCACGAGACAGAGCCUAAGCCAGCGGAAAAGCCUGACGCUGCCGCGCACACCAAGGACACUGAGGGCACCGAGACAAAGUUGAGUCUCAAGAGUCUGAAGAUCACCCCAUCCACAGAGAAUGAGGACAAGUGGGAAGGUGCCAGUGUGAGCGGUAGCAACAUGCUCUACUGCAAAUGCGGCAAGAAGUGCGCAUAUGGUCGGCAGUUGGGUCUCUACACUUACUACUGCUUCCGCUACGGCUGCAAUGCCUGCUAA